CAGGAAGUACACAUUAGCUCCAUCCGUCCACUGAAUGCGUACCCUUUAAUACAGUUCUGGUGUAAACAGGCUUCCCACCACACAGCUGAUGAAAUAAUAAAAGCACAACGACGCUAACUCUGUAGUCUUGGCAAAGAGUUAGUUUAUGCGUUGCGUGUAAAGCAAAGCAACGAUUAGCUAAGAUAGCUUAGUUACAUCCUCUUGCCAGUUGAGCAGUUGCUAAGCUGUUAGCAACCGAAUCCCAGGAGGAGACGCUAGGCUAGGUAAGGCCGGGCAAGUCAAAUACCUUCAGCCAUGGAUAUCGAAACACCAUACGACGAGGAGCUUGAAUUCAUCACAUGCACGAUCUGUGAUAGGUCCAUAAGAGGGGAAACUUUGUUCAAGAUACACCUGACCACAGCACCACAUAUAAAGAAAGAGGAUUCUCUUGUUGCUAUGGGGCAAGCUGUCAGACGGCAACAUGUGCCUGAAUUUACAAACAUUGUACAAUAUCUGGAUUACCUGAAGCUGGAUGAGCCCAUCAUUGGGUUGACUUUUUUGGAGGAAGUGCCAUCUAAUGACCCGGCGAGCCCCAACUACUCAUGUGAGCUGUGUCAUCUGACCGCAAACAUGGCCGAAAUGGUCCGUCAUGUCAUUGGACGUAAACACAGGCAGAAAUAUGUGGAACUAAAACGGCAGGACUUGGUGACCUGGGAUAAACAAUCCCUUUCAACCCAAGGAGGAAAAGUGAUGCGAGCCAGAGCAGAAAUAAUAGAGAGACAGGAUGGACGAGGAACUCCAAAGAUGUUAAUGGUGAAAAAGAGGACUGACACCAAAUUGAACAUCUCAAGAGGCCCCCCAAGGCAGAACCAAAACAGAGACGGAAGGAUCCCACUGAGAACCCCACACGAUGUUCCACCACUCUUACCAGAACUAAAGGACUACCAGAGUAAGAUCUCUCCCCGAAGGAUGUAUCCCCCAGAUUACCCAAACACACCCACUUUCCAUCCAGAUGUACCGAACAUGGACAGAGACAGACCGUCCCGAUGGGAGGACUCCCUUAGACAGGACAGAACGGCAGAGGAGGUGCAAAAGGCAGAUUACAGGGAAAGAAGUACGUAUAGAGAAGAUCGCUUGGACUCUGAUUAUCGUCGUCAGUAUGAAGGAGAUUAUGUUGAAGAGCCACGAAGAAGUGUAGUUCUCAAGCCAGACGAUGAUUCCAGACAUGAUUACAGGGAGGCUCCUUGUGCAAAGUAUUACCCCGGGGAAAGAUCUUACCCAGAAAGAGAUCCUUUGAAGGAGUUCUACACCGAGGAAGUAAACCGAGCGCAGGUUCGUUCAGCUAAGAGCGCAGAGUUUCAGCCCUCCAAGCUCGGGUACCCUGAAGGCGAUAAACAACAGUGGCCGCUGGAGAGAGACUCUGGUAGACAUGAUCCCAUGAACAGAGCAGGAAGGCAGGGAUCAAGGGAACCAGAAGACAAAUGGAGGAACUUUACCCCACCAGCGGAGAGUGACCGAUCACGGGACCAUUUGUUUAGUGUAAUCAGAGAUUAUCAUCAUAAAAUGGGAGGACCAUAUCAAGAGGAUAAAAUUGACAGCCCGGGGCCUAGCAGAGCAGCAGCCCCUACCACGCAGAGCCGAGCAGAAGCAACCAGGACCUUCUCUGACAUCCCUGAGCCAUUCAGGCGUUUCCUGACAGGGGCCGAUAAUGAAGAGUCACGCGGUAAAAGGAAAAGAAAGAGUCGUUUCUCUGACGCCACUCCAGAGGAACUAGAAAUGACAAAGGAGAUUUUAAGGAAUGAACACGGACCUCCAAAUCCAAAGUUUGGUGGUGAUUCUAGAGCAGUUACUGGAUCACUGAGACCCGAAUUCAGCGGAGCGCAGUAUUCGGACCACAUGAGAAAAUCACAGAGUCCAAAUUAUUCUGAUAGCUACCAGAGAGGAAGCUCUGAGUCAGAUGGUGUCUUUGAUAUGCUGAGAAACAUCGACAUCGAGAACGCAGAAGAGGCUGACUUCCUGAAGAACAAACUUUUCAGCCUCCUGAAAGAAUUCAAGAGCAAAAAGUUGGAGAAAGUGGUGCAGACAAACCGACAAAGUAUGGGCAGCAUGUCAAACGAUUACACGCAGCCACCUAGACAAGACCAGUAUGAGAGAACCCUACGAGAAGAUUCAGACCGUAGACCAUCAGAAGACCUCUACUCCAGAGACGAUAACAGGAGAGGCUGGAAGCAGUGGGAGCACGUGCCCGAGCAACGCCCCCAGGAAUACCACCAUCCAGAACGUGGGGAACCCAGACACUCGAGCAGAAGCCGUUUUGAAGAGGAUUUUGGGGGCCAUUUAGAUCAACGCCCUUCUUAUUCUGAAAGGUUUCAAGAACCCAGACGCCCACAGGACUACCAACCUGCUGCUCAGGAGUUUUUUGACUCCCGCUCUUCUCAACCUCCCCUCCAAACGGACCUAGGACCCAGGAUGAAUAGGGGCUCCCGUUACUCUAACAACCUGGACAAAAUCACCUCCACCCUGCUGGAAUUUGUGUCAAGGAAGUAACUGUUAUCAUCGGCAUUAUUUCCAUAACAGUUCUACAAAACUAAAAGUACGCAAAUGUAAAUGAAUACUUUUGUUGAAAAAAUAUUUUAGGUUAAAUGUUCCUUCUUUUUUUUCUCAGUUAUUUGCUCUACAUAUUUGUCAGGAAUUUAGUUCAUGAACUGUUCACAUGUUUAUAUGAACAUUAAAGCAUUUGUUUACUGCAA